CUAAUCUUGCCAACUGUCAGUGUCAGCUCUGUAAUUUAAAAUAUAUGCUUUCUUGGUAUAAUAUUGUGUUUAAAAAAUUUUUGGUGAAUUAAAAAAACGAUUUUCGUAUUGGAUAUAGUAAAGGCUAUUGUGCGAGUGGGAAAGUAUCCACAAUUAAGUUUGACAAAGUCUCGUUAACUAAAAAUUCCUAGAUGGCGUAAAGACCACAUCCUGUAAAGUCUGUUAUUGAUUUUGUAUAUAAACACAAUUUACCAAAUUAGAUUUAUAAAUCAAGCAUUCAAUUUGCGCAAUUAAAUUAAUUAGGUGUUAUUAGUAAGAACUAUUAAUUCAGAUCGUCUUUACAAUGUCCGAAGAAUUGAGAAAACGACAUGUCGGCGAAGAAAAUACAGAUCCAAAACUUGUUAGGGCAGAGUCAAAUAGCAGUACUGAAAAUCUUGUAGGCAAUUUAAGGGAUAGUGAGAUUGACAGUGAGGAUGAUAAAAAUGGUAGAAAAGCAAGUAUUGAUUUGUCGGGAACCAUUCCCAUAGGUACAAACAAAGCACCAUUUCUUUUGGAAACGGUGCUUCAAGAUUUACCUGACAGAUGGAGAAAUUGGGUAGUACGAGGUGUCUUUAGUUUUCUUAUGCUGACUUUUUUCUUUGUCGUAAUAUACGGAGGACCUUUAGCGCUUAUGAUUACAACUUUGGUAGUACAAGUGAAAUGUUUUCAAGAAAUAAUUAACAUUGGAUACACUGUCUACCGUAUUCAUGGUCUUCCAUGGUUUAGAUCAUUGUCGUGGUACUUUUUAAUCACCUCGAAUUAUUUUUUUUAUGGAGAAAGUCUUGUCGAAUACUUUGGUGUAGUCAUUAAUCGAACGGAAUAUUUGCGAGUUUUAGUUACAUACCACAGAUUUAUAUCGUUUUCUUUAUACUGCUGCGGUUUUGUACUUUUUGUUCUGAGUCUAGUCAAAAAGUAUUACAUGAAGCAAUUCUCUUUGUUCGCUUGGACUCACGUGGCCCUUCUAAUAGUUGUCACUCAAUCUUAUUUGAUCAUUCAGAAUAUAUUCGAAGGACUCAUAUGGUUUAUAGUACCGGUAUCAAUGAUCAUAUGUAAUGAUAUAAUGGCGUAUGUUUUUGGAUUCUUUUUUGGUAAAACGCCAUUAAUUAAAUUGUCUCCGAAGAAAACUUGGGAGGGUUUCAUUGGUGGAGGAAUAUCUACUGUUGUGUUUGGAUUUGCGAUAUCUUACGUCAUGUGCCGUUAUCCAUAUUUUGUUUGCCCGAUUGAGUAUAGCGAAGCAUUGGGACGCAUGACAAUGGAAUGUGAACCUGGUAUUUUAUUCAGACCUACCAAUUACAAGUUACCAGAUUUUUUAACCGCGUUCGGUUUGGUGGACAGUAUAUAUCUUUAUCCGUUUACGCUGCAUUCUUUGUCAUUAUCAGUCUUCAGCAGUGUGAUCGGUCCCUUCGGAGGAUUUUUCGCGUCAGGUUUUAAGAGAGCAUUCAAAAUUAAGGAUUUUGGUGACGUCAUACCAGGACAUGGAGGUAUAAUGGAUCGAUUCGAUUGUCAAUUCCUAAUGGCGACGUUCGUGAACGUUUACAUAAGUAGUUUUAUACAAAGGGACAGUCCGCAGAAAUUGCUGACGCAAGUUCUCUAUCUAAAGCCCGAACAACAGCUUCAACUAUUUCAUAUGUUGAAGGAUAGUUUGGAAUCGCGAAAUAUUUUAUUACCCAACAUUUAACUUGCAUUUUUAUAGCCAGUUGCACUGACAUUAUUUUAAUUCGAUAGCUCCAAAAUGAUAUAUCUAUCAAAAUGUCGAUAUUUGAAUGUUUAAUUUCAAUUCUGGUGUCUUACAGUGUGUUAGUUGUCUCGAAAUGUUGUUUUCGAACAGUUUUUUUUUUCAAAAAUAAUGUCAUUGUCGGCUGCUGUUAUUUAUUCCAUUUUAUAAAUUUGAAAACAAAAUAUAUAUAUACGAAUAUAUUUAUUUAUUUGUGCCAUUAAAUUUGUUAGAUUUAUAAUUGAUAUCUACGAAGUGUGUCUAAAAGGUUCAGUGAAUGGUAUUCGAAAAAAACAAAAUGAUCGUCAUCGUACGCAACACACUUUUAACAAUGUUCAUAAAACUUUUGAAAAUUCGCAGAAAAUGCCUUUUCCAGAUUCGAUCGUUGUCCUUGGACGACCGAGAUAUCCGCAAAAUUUGCCCCUUUCAGAACAUCACAGAUCUGGGAAGUCUUUUUUGUCCAAGACUGCGUCGAUUUUCUCAUUUCCCCAUUUAGUAUUUCAAAUACUUACUCUUCCCGUGCUUUGUCCUUCAUUUCCUGUUAAGUUAGCAAUCCACUAUCCGCACUAAUUUUUUUCAGCUUUUUAGUUUCUCUUCUUUUUACAUUUUUCGCAAUUUGUCUCUUCUUUUUUAGUUAGUUUCGCUGCCUUUGUGUUGUCGCCCAUUAUUAACAUAAAUUCCUCAAAUUUUUUACUUUGAUGCUUGCCUCCCUAUUUUCUAUUACUUCUUCCUUUUUUUCCUCUUUUUUUUACUGCUCUUCCAGAGUAUCUUCUUUUUUUUAUCCGUAUCCAAGAUAAUGGGCAACAAUGCCUCGUCGGCGGUGUUUAGCUCGACAAUUUCUUCCGUACCCUCUUCUUCCUCUAUUGUUAAAAUUGACUGCUUCAGGUCAGAUCUACUAAACGUUUUUUUACCUUCCUCCACCGCUUUAGUAAUUCCUCUUCAAACCCCCUUCUCCCUUUCUUCUGACUUAAUCCUCUACGGUCCUCUUCCUCAUCUCCGGCGAGGCGAGGCGAGGCAGUGCGUGCUUACCUCGCUAAAGCAGACUACCUGGGAGGUCGCCAGGUAUCCCAGAGGUACCAUUCGAGACUGUAUAACGCCCAGCCAUUCAUCCCCUAACCACUGUGACUAAUAAUAUAGGGUUACGGAUCGAGGUAUACUCCUCUAGGUCUCUGGGAUCCGUGAGUGAUUAUUAGAGAACAUAUUUGUUCCUUACCUAUCAUCUAUGCGGUUGGUUCAUCUGUCGUGUUUUCUCUUACAAAAUGGAGAUAUCCAAGUCGGAUCACUCCUUCCGGUGAGCCAUUAGGAUAGGACAUAUCCCCCUCCCCAAAGACUCCAUCGAGUUAUUGGGGUUCGUAGUUUAUACUUAAUUGUGGGUAGUCAAGGGGCCGUCGAGCCCCACUUGGCUGAGGAUUUGGAGUGAAUCACUUCCGGUCUCCUCCAUUUGACCUUUUCGGGUAGCUCUCUCAACUGUAGCAUAACAUGUCGGAUGAUCUCCUAGAACGAAUUUCUGUUGGUACCAUUGUUGUGGAAGAAAAUUGGAAUUUGACAGAAAGUUAACUACAUUGGAUCAAUUUUCUCUUGGAAUCCGGAUCUAACUAGUAGCAUCAGGUGUCAUCUCAUUUGAUGAUGGUUAGCAGAAAGGAUGAAUCCAAAUGUGUGCUCUGCUUGACUAUAGCGGCUUCGACAGUAGUUCCCUUGACGUCCCUAAAACCAUUUUUAAACACACCUGGUUGCGGUUUAUGCCCAGUUUCACCAACGUUUCCUAUUUAUCUGGAGCUAUUCAAUCGUUGCUUCAUUGCAUGGUGACACAAUCUCUUGUUCGACUGCCCGUAACGGGUUUUCCCAUUAUACCAUCGAGGCUAUUUGGCGAUCCUUAAUAUAUCAUGUACAAGCGCGUGCUCGUAGCGGACCAUUCAUCAAAUUUUUUCGACAUACCUCGUAUAUUUAUACACAAUUUAUUGUUUCGUUGAAUUAUUUUUAUUUUAUUUAUUGAUCUCUAGGCUUCAAUAUAUUUUUUGGUGUACAUAUAAAGUCCUUUGUUGGGGAAGAUAUAUACAGUGUGUCGUAGGAAAACUAGACAUACCAUUGGUAUUUCCUGUUAAUAGAAGUAAUCUCAUAAGAUCUUAAUUACCAUUAUAUCGACAAUAGUUUACGGUUUUUUAUAUUUUUGUUGAUAGUUGAAAACAUUUUUUUCGAUUCUGAUUGAUCCUACUGACAGCGCCAAUUAUAAAUUUGAAAAUUUUCGUUUUUGAUUCUCUAUUUAUGUUUUUUUUUCAGUUGAGGUUAAUACUGGAAUAUUUAAUCUAGGAAGUAUUAUUUUUACGUGCUGUAGAACAUUUCUGCGAAUGUUAUUGGGAUUAUUCUUCCAUUAAUUUUUUAAUCCGUUUUUAUAAGUUUGCAGAAGUACAACUAAAAUAAUAGUUGUGCUGGUAUCUGAUGUAGGGAGGGAUAGAGAACUGAAUAUCCAGAUUUCAGUGAAUACAGGGUGAUUAUUUAAAUACCAAAGUGACUAAUACAUGGUGUAAUCGGUAAAUCUGGAUUUUAUAUUUACCAAAAUAAGCUUGUGUUAGUUUUUAAUCAAUUAUUUUCAUUGCAUUGCUUCUAUGAUUUUUUUUGUAAUUAUUUGAAUUGUAUUUGUCUAUGUUCUAGCAGAUAAUUGUGGUGAUUAGAGCUCCCAUAAAGUGCAUUUUAAACACACACUAGAGUUCCGCUAAAAGGGUGAAAUUAAACAGUUUCGUACUAUCUUUAGUAGCAAAACGACAGUGACUUUUUAAGAAAAAUUAGACGAAGCAUUGAACAAUCUUAUUGACAGUAACUAAUCAUUUACUUGUAGUUGCAGUUUCUUCUAUUCUCAAUAACUGCGAAGAAACUGUUAGCGGACAUUGAAGUAGCUAUUAAAUACCUUGAGCGGUACAAUCUGCACCAGGAUUUAAAAUAGACAAACAACUGGCAACUGUGUUAUCCUGAUGAAAUGCUUCUGUAACGUUAUGUACAGAAACCAAAAGAAAUUUUGAUUGGAUCGUGCCUUGUACCAAGACUGGUUUGAAAGAUUACCCCCUAGUGCUUUGUUACUCAUGGACAAAUCACAAUCCAGAAGAAAUGGAACUUGUUUGUGGUGGUCUUAACGUCACUUUAAUUGUGCAGCCCUUGAACUAAGAAAAAUACUUCUCCGAAGGGAAUUAGGGACUGAUAAUGUUGCAUAGAAAAAUCAUCAUCAAUGAUCAUGAUUUUUUGCAGAUAUCAUGGACUGGUUUAGAGUUUGUCUAAAUGCAACUUCUUCAACUAGUGAAAAAAACCAGAUUGCAGGAAUGUAGAAGAAGAUUUUGACGGAGAGUAGUCGACUGUGGAAUUGUACGUUGAUCAAGGCUGAUCUCCAUGCAGUUGAUGGUGAGGAAGAAGGGAAAGAACGGAUUCCAGCCAGUGCCUUGGAUCUGGGCUACGUCGAGGCUGGUAUCCAUACAGUUGACGGUGAGGAAGAAGGAAAAGAACGGAUUCCAGCCAGUGCCUUGGAUCUGGGCUACGUCGAGGCUGGUAUCCAUACAGUUGACGGUGAGGAAGAAGGGAAUUAACAGAUUCCAGUCAGUGCCUUUGAUCUGGGCUACGUCGAGGCUGAUCUCCAUACAGUUGACGGUGAGGAGGAAGGGAAUAAACAGAUUCCAGUCAGUGCCUUUGAUCUGGGCUACGUCGAGGCUGAUCUCCAUGCAGUUGACGGUGAGGAGGAAGGGAAUAAACAGAUUCCAGUCAGUGCCUUUGAUCUGGGCUACGUCGAGGCUGAUCUCCAUGCAGUUGACGGUGAGGAGGAAGGGAAUAAACAGAUUCCAGUCAGUGCCUUUGAUGUGGGCUACGUCGAGCAACAUUUUGAGUCAACGCCACUGAUAAUGUAUUAAUGGCGUCGGCAAAAAAUUACAUCUUUAAGUUAUUCAAUGAAUUUUGUCCAACUAUAUUACUGUCUAUAAAUUUUGCUGGUCGAUAAUUUUUUUUGUCGCAAAUUGGCGGGACUCUAGUGUACUAUCUUUGUGGUAUCCAAACGAUCAGUUUGACUUGUUAUAGGUUGAAGGACACUGCUUAAAACCUUCCAAAAAUGGAAGUACAAAACCGUUUGAGUGCGGCGGGAUUUAUACUGACACAGAUCUAUAGCGAAAUGAUUUAUUAUGUGCAAAUAAAACAACUAACAAUGCAGAGUUUGUUGUUGUUUGUGAUUUUUCGUUUUCAUCAAAUCAAAUUGUUUCUUGUUGUUCUAGCUGUACAGUAAAAGCUCCUUACUCGCGCAAAAUUUCUUUAGUCGCGGAUCUAAUCGGUACAAUGUAUUCCAAUAGGUAUCCGACUCAAUAUCCUUUGUAAAUCCUUCCUCAAAUGGACUAAUAAAAAAGUAAAAAUGGAUUUAAACUUUGACUGCAUACACAGCCGAAAUCGCGAAUCGAAUAGGACGAGAUGGGUUCGAACAUUCAGGAUAUGCUCGAAUCACAAGAUGAGGAUUUGACUGGAACCGACUUGGAGGAAAAGUUGAAUUCAUAGCACGUUGAAGAAGAGGCUUCAACGAGCAAUAGAAUCGUGAUAUUUCGUCUCGGUUCGAACAGAAAGAAUCAAUAGGGUCAUAACUAAGUUGGAAUUUCUGGAACCUUUGGUUAUAUUCAUACACCAACACUCACGAUUGCACUGUCUGAUGCGCGUUUCGAUAACCAAGUUAUCGUCUUCAGAAACUGAAGGUAAACUGACUUCAAAGAUUGACAGUUUACCUUCAUUGCGUUCCAUAAUCACGGUUUCUGUAGUCGCGGCAAAUUUACGGCGCGAGUAAAGAACUUUUACUGUAUUUAACUAACAGUACAAUUGGUGCUUGGAUUUUAUUAAUCGUGACAUUGUUAAGAUGAUUCUAGAAGUUUUAAAUCGUGUACUUUCUUCUAAUAGUUUGUUUUAGUAUCUUUAAACGUAGUAUACACUUGAUUGUUUAUACGUCCGAUGUGUACAGGUAUUUCUGUAUAUUCUGCAAUGUUAAUUUGAAACAUCCUGUACAAAAUUUGUUUAGAACGUAACCGAACGUGUAAGCGGUGAAUUCUUUAAUAUUUUUUAUAGAUUUGGUGAUUAAGCAAUAUAGAUUUUUGUGAUGGAGGGUACGGAAUUUUUUGUUUACCUCGUACAAUCAAAAUUCGUACAAACUAAAACUAAAUAAAAAAUUCGAAAAUAGUUCAAAUGCAGUAACUUUUUCCAAAAUUACGUUAAUAACAAUUUGAGUUAUUUAUAAACUGUCAAUGUAACGAUACACCUACAAGAAUAUUUGAACCAUUUUGGUUGGAUAAGGAAAAAUUUUUAUAGGAGGAAGGUUUGUUGGAGUUGGCCCUGAUAUAGGAGUUGCUCCUCUGCAGGGCUGAGGUUGUGACGGUUGCGUGGGGUUGUGUUUUCUGUCCCGCUGGAAAGGAGAAAAACCAUUGGCCAAAAGAGAACGAAAGGUAACUCUAAAUAAGUAAAAAACAUUUUAAUGCUUGUUGCCAAUAGCCGGAGGGGCGGAUAGGGGAGUUUACUAUUUGGAUUUGAGCCGAGGAGCCGUAUAUUAUUGAGCCAGGGAAGAAGAAGGGUUUCUUUGGCAGCGAAGUUGUUUGAUUCGAUGGUACGAAUCACAUAGCGGGCUUGGAGGUCAUUUAGACGACUUGGGAUGAGGGUUAUGUCUGUAUUGACAUAAUCGGGGAUGAUCGAUUGGUAACGUUAGUCUUCUUUCCUCUUUAACUUGUCCUUUGUCUACAUAUGUAUGCAGUUGCCGAAUGUUUUUACAUCUUGAUGUAGCCAGUGAUUAGUAAAACGCCAAGUUUUACCAGUGAAAAUUGAAAGACUGUGUGUUUCUGAAAUAUAUAAUUGAACCCAGUGAGUUACAGUAUUAUGAAAUGUUCAACUUUUGUUUUUAAUGUAAAGGUGAAAAAUAAGUUAGUAAAAGCUCUUUUGAAGCUAGAAUAACUCCCGUCUGCAAAUAUACUUAUACCUUCGUUGUGAUUUUGUACAUUAGCUCUUUGAGUUUCCAAAUUUCAUCUGUUGGUAGUUUUUGCCAUUAAUUUUUUUAAAAACUGGUUAAUAAUACAAGCAAAGUGUAAAUGACACCUGAAACGCUACAAAUCAAUUUCAAAUGCGUUAAUAAUAAAAUUUAAAACCUGGCAACGUAGCAAGUUACUACUAACCUAAAAAUGUUUGGUAUUGGAGGCUCGCUUUUGGAUGAUUGGAAUAUAGAAAAACGUUUAAAUGACAAUUGAAACGUCAAUAAUGAAACAAAUUUAAAAGUGGCAACACAGCAAAUUACUGCUAACCUAAAAAUGUUUGGUAUCAGAAGCUUGAAGGUGGUGAAUGAUGGAAAAUUCAAAUUGAAUGAUUAGAAUGGGCAAAGGGGUGUCAGUGGCGCCUCAAACGUCAGAAAUGAUUCUAAACGUACCAAUACAAGACGUCUGAAAUGUCAAAAAUGUGCGGAUUCCAAGCACAGCUAACCUAAAAUUUUCGGUACGGUAAAAUUCAAAUCGUAUGAUUGAAAUGAGUGGAAAUAUAAAUGACAAUUGGAACAUCAAAAUUAAAUAAAUAAACAAAUUUUAAUCGUGACAAGGUACUGCCAGCCUAAAAAUUUCUGGUAUGAGAAGAUUGAAGAUGGUGAAUGAAGGAAAAUUUAAUCAGAAUGAUUGGAACGGACAAAAAAGUUCCAAUUGCAUUUGAAACGUUAAAAAUUUAUUGAAAACUUUGAUGACAGAGUAUUCAAAAAGAUGAUUGAAGAAAAAAAAAUAGCAAUGAUACCUGAAACGUCAAAGAUGUGCGAAUUUCGAACGAAUGUUUGAAAAGUAUGAAAAUAGUAUAUAUACGUGGCAAGACAGCAAGUUACUGCCAACCUAAAUGAUUAUUCAAAAUAAACUGUGAUUUGGACAUAACCUAGAAUUUGGAGUACGAAUUUCGAUUGUAAACGUGAAUGUGAUAUACAUUUGUUAAAGUAUUGGUUGUUUUUACGUUUAUUUUUUUUGUAGUGGUGAAAAAAUAUAGAUUAUUAUUUUGUUGAUUUAUGUUUGUCUUCCAAUUUUGUCAACCAAUUGUUUAGAAAAAUAUAUCUAGUUCAAUCAAUUUAUCUAAUGUAAGAUUUAAUAUUUGAAUAUUUUUUCACGUUUUUCAUUUUAUAAUUUUCGAAUUUUGAGGUCUAUAUCAAAAUUUGAAUACUGCAUUUAUACAUUUCUUCAGUUUUCCUUAUUUGACUUAAACUCCUCAAUACAAUUACAUGCCAUAUUCUUGCCCAAACAGAAUUGCCAAUCUUGAAAUAAUAAAAAUAACAGUUUGCAAUUUUGACAAUUGAAGUUACUAUUGCCCCAAGUACAAAAUAUCUAAAUACGUACAUGACAUACGUUGGCAACCGUCUGUCAUCGAUGUUAUAAAAUGCGUUGUUGUCAAUUUUUAACAAUUUUGACAUUUUCAGUGACUAUUUCUCCCAGGAAAAAAAUUCAAAAUACGUACAUGAAAUAAUUGGUCGUGUAUAGGGGUAAAUUACAUUUUAAACGUUGGCAACCCUGUGGCAUCGGUGUUAUAAAAUACAUUAUUGUCAAUAUCGAGCAAUUGUGUCAAAAUUUCUUAUUGUCCUACUAUUCUUUUUUUAUACUUCAAUUUUUGACAUAUGGAAAUAAAUUAGUCCUCGAAAUUAUGAAAUUUUCUCUUAUUUUUUUGUGGUCUAAUUGAUUCAUUCGGCAACAUCAUUUUUUUAAAUUCAUUAUUUAUAAAUGAUCGAAAAUUUUAAGUAACAAAUCAUUCUCUUCAGAUUCUUAUUGUUUAAGAUCAUACAUAUCGACGUUGAAAAGUGGAUCGAACCAUAAUCAUAUUUUGUAACAUUUCAAUCGAUAUUCCGUAACACAAUUUAUUUUGUACGACGUUGUAUAAUCGAUAUUUGAUGUAAUAAAUAUCCCUAAAAACAUUUUCCCCCUAAAUUUGAUGGGAAAAUCCUUAAGUUGGUAACCCUGUCGGGUCGUUGUCAUAUGAUCUGGAAAACAGAUGGGUAAAUACAAUCAGCUGACGGGAUGUUUCAUAAGUCUAUGGUUUUUAAACUUAGAAAUUUUCUUAAUACCCUUAAAUGACUCUCUACUAUUAAUUUUCAUGAUUAACGUCCUUGAUAGGUUACUGACGUUUAUGCGUUUUUAUACUUUUCGUCAUUUCAGCAUAAACAUAAAAUCGUCGUAUUAAACUUUAGUGGAAAAUCCGUGUGAGAGGGUAAACUAUCACAUAUUUAGAUCCUGAUUUAAAUUUGAAAUUUCCACAGAAUAUUGAAUGUGACGUUCGGAAACUGUGAUGUAAAUCUCUUUCUGGGUUAUGAUCCGCAAUCAUCUGAUCGGUGAUCUAUCCGAAUACGAGAAUAUUCCAUAGAGAAACAUGCAGGUGUGAAGGGAGUUAAUAGAUGAAAAUUAAGUAAAUUAUGAAAACAUUCGAUAUUAUUGAGGAGUCUGUGGUUAAAAAUGUUACUUGUUAUGAUUAUGAAAGUGCAUUUAUUAGUAUUGAAAUGUUUAGAUGAAUUAUGUUAAUAGAGUAUACCUAUAUGAGAAUUGAUGUAAAAAAAUAUAAUAAAUACAUAUAAAGUAAA